GCAAAACUUUGCUUAGUCUUAGUUCAUUAAUUGUAGUAUAAUUAAUCGAUUUAGCUUUAAUCGAACGCAAAUUUUACUUAAUAUUGACAAAUUAGCUGCAUUCUUUGUGCAAUUAUUAAAAUUUAUUUAUAAAUCUUUAUUAAAAUACUAGAAAAAUUAAUUAAAUUAACUUUGUGUCAAUUUUUCGAAUGUGGAUUCAACAUAUAUACCUGUUUGUAUCUUAAUCAACAUCAAAAUUCAAUAGAUCACUACGAAAACAAUCAAAAAGAAUCAAACCUUUCUGCCAUUUCAUUCAAUAAACUUUUACAAGCAUGAAAUAAACUCAAAAGGUUCAUUCCGUUAAUGGUCUCGCAAAUAAUUGAAUUAAGAGUGUGAAAAUUGUGAAAAGUUCGCUUUGAAAAAUCGUGAUUUUAGAGAGGAAGAAUUUGCGGAUUAGUUUACAAUGUGGAAUUUGAGUUUAUAUAUUGUGACAUGGAACGUGUCAACAAAGUAUCCCGAUACUUUGAAACUUAACGAGUUGCUCGAUAUCGAUUUGCACUACAAAGAAAAACGUCUUCCUGAUUUUUACAUAGUCGGAUUGCAGGAAGUUAAUGCAAAUCCUCACACUUAUGUCUCAAGUUUCUUCAAAUCCGAUCCAUGGGUUCAGAAGCUCAAAGAGUUGCUCAAACCACUCGACUAUAUCGUUGCCAAAACGGAACAAAUGCAAGGACUUUUACUUACUAUAUUCGUUAAACGGAAACAUUUAUAUCACAUACGAGAAAUUGAAAGUGAAUAUGUACGAACGGGAUUUGGUGGAAUGUGGGGAAAUAAAGGUGCUGUAGCGACAAGAAUGAACUGUUAUGGAUGCUCAAUAUGCUUAGUCAAUUCUCAUUUGGCUGCUCAUGAUGAAAUGCUCGAAGAGCGUAUUAACGAUUACCAACGUAUAAAAGAAGCCACAAACUUUAGUGUUAAGUUCUGUAAGGACAUUUACGACCAUGAUUAUGUGUUUUGGUUCGGCGAUCUCAACUUCAGAUUGUUCAAUCACUACAGUGGAAAUGAUAAUUAUUCACCACAAGAAAUUCGCCAAAUGAUCAAAGAAGAUAGACUUGCUGACUUGAUAAAGAAGGACCAAUUGUCGCUAGCGAUGUGCGAAGGACGUGCAUUUUCGGAACUUGUUGAACGGUUACCACAAUUUCCACCUACCUUUAAGUUUGUCGUUGAUUCUAGCGAUUACGAUAUGAAACGAAGACCGGCGUGGUGUGAUCGCAUUCUCUACAAAGCCAGAAGUAAGAUUAUCAAGAAUUGCUCUCUGCAUCUCGAACAAGUGUCAUACAAAAGUCAUCCAAAUUAUGAUAUAAGUGAUCAUAAGCCAGUCUCGUCUGAGUUUAAAAUAAAUGUCAAAGAGUAUUAUUAUAAUUAUGAACAAAUUUUAAAACCACUUCGUCCUUUAUUCUCUGAUUCUUUAUCAAAUGCUAUUAAAAUUCCAAUGCUUGUGGUUGCGCCAAUUGCUGUGACACAAAUGGAUACACCAUCUUUAUCCGAUGAUGAAUUUCAUGAUGCACCUGAUCACUUUUCUGAUGACGAAACUGAUGAUGAACAGUCACCUGAUGAUGAUAUUAGUCAAUUGGUGAUUAAAUUUAAUCCACUUACUGUAUGGAACAACAGUGAAGAUAAUGAAGUUGAAUACAUAUUGCCGCCUAAUUUUGUUGUCGGUAGUGCAGACUGGAUUGGAGUGUAUCCAGAAAACUUUACAGGAUUCGAUGAAUAUUAUGGAUACGAGUACACAGAAACAGCAGGAGAUAAGCCAGAACCAGUAGAGCGCACAGUAAAGAUUAAUUUUUCGGCAUCAAUUGAUUUACCGCUUCAAGGUAAUUUCGUUUUUUUGUACUUCCAAUCGACUGGAAUGAGAGGAUAUUCUAGCAUGCUUGGUGUAAGUGAUCCGUUCCCAGUCAUCAAGAGAUGUCCCUCACCAAGACCUGAUACAAUUGACUAAAUUUUUUCUAUUGUGGUGGCCUUUGACAUCCAAAAUUUUGAUAAAUUUGAUAAUAAUGUGCUUUAUGUAUACCAUUCUAGAUGUAUAUGAAUGUGAACCAUAUUUAAUUUGACACUUAUAUUGAUAAAGAUUUAUAAAAUUUAAAGCGAUGAUAUCUUUUUUCCAUUUAAUCCUUUUUAAAAUCCAAUUAAGGAUGGUGCAAUUCUUUUUUAAAUAAAUUUUUCAUUCCUGCAGAGGAUUUGUUUUUAUUUAUACUGUUCAGUAUAUACAAUUGUUAAUUUAAAUAGAAUUUUUUUCCACCAAUUUUUUUGUUAAAUAAUUUAUAACAGUUUAAAUAAAGCUUUUUGGAGAG